CUUCAUUACACUAUUGAAGAUUAACUGUUAGCUAAGAGCCAAGUCUAGUAAAUCCAAGUUCCCUAUCGUUUAGAGAGAUAAAUUACAAAAAAAUUAUUGCAGAUAGUGUUGCUCGGGGUGCUUAUUUUGUGGAAGGUAAUACUCAUUGACCCUGCUCGUCCGCCUCUAGGAUCAGGAAGGGAGGGAGCAGUUUGAUCGCUAUUAUUUUCCAAGUAGCAGUUACCGAAUUGACGCUAUCUGAGUGCCCUCCCCGCCGGGAUGGAGGGUGUUGAGGGCACUCCACUUGUGCUGGAUGCUUUGGAAGAAUCUAAAACUCUGCUGGUGUACUGUGGAAGUGGUGAAGAGGAAGACGUAUCUCCGACGGAGGCGCAGCAGAGGCUCCAACUCUCGGCCACAUUCGACCUGAAGCCUCCCAUAACACAGGAGAACCAAGAGGAAGCUCUGUGGCUUGUGGGAAACACAAUACAACUGGGGCUUCACGACGGUAACAACGGCAGUGAUCAAACAGUGGUGCUUGAAGGGUCGGAGGUGGUGGGUGAUGGAACCAUAUUAGAGGGUGAGACGCUUCUGCUCCUAAACGAUGAUGUUCGCCUCCUACCCAUCACCCAGGAUGUCUCCACUACUGAUGAGGUUCUGCUAAAAGUCAAUACUACAAGCAAACAAAUAAGAGGAAGAACUGCAUGGCCUAAGAAAUACCAGCCUAAGAUGCCAAACAGAACAAGUCAUUACAGUGAAGAAUCCCCAAAACUGAGUAAGCUGAACUUGCCCAUACAGACCGUGCCCAAGACGUACUCUCGUGCCAGCGCUACGACCACGCCAUCGUCACCAUCCCUCUCUGUUUCCAGCUCAUCUUCCUUACCCUUAACCUUAGAGGCCAGACAGUUAUCGUCAGUGGCAGAGUCGAACACAGUCUUAAAACACACUUCUAAAUGCACUGGUAGUAGUUUAUCUCUGCCUAUCAAAACAGAAGAAAUAACUAUCAAAGUCGAAGAGAUAGAAAAUGUUCCUUCUCUUCCAACGCACCAAGAGAAAGGAUCAAGACCUUCAGGAGUCAAAUUCAAAUUAGCUGCGUGCUCCAAGUCUUCGCUCGAUGAAGAUGAACUGAGUGAGGAGCCAUUCUUAGGACCUUCAAUGCGAUGGCCAACUCAGCCCAAAAGUUACCGUGGGGCAAAGCCAAGAGAUGGAGGGAUACUCAGAAAGAACGUGAGAAAGGUACCACAGAGAGUAGACACAGAUGGAGAGACGAGUGGUGUGGGGUCGUCAGUGGAUGAGCCGAUCGAGUCAUCUACAGAAUCUGCUUCAGAGGCACCAGUUUUGACCCCAUCUUUCAUACAGCCUCGACCAUCUUCCUCAAGGGGUCCAUCUACUUCUCCAACUGCUGUUAAGAAACGGAGAGGAGGUUGGCCAAAAGGACGAAAACGGAAACCAGAGCUUCCGGGAGCCAAGCCACCAAAAGCUCCUCUGACAGCAUAUGUUCUCUUCCUGAAUGAGAGGCGCAAAUACUAUAAAGAAACUCGUCCUGAAUUGAGCUUUGGAGCUGUCACAAAGUUGCUGGGAGCCGAGUGGUCAGCAAUGACUGCCGAGCAGAAGGCUGCAUUUGUCACGCGGUCUGAGCAAGACAAGAGGCGGUAUAGAAAUGAAUUACAAGCUUACAGACAGUCACAUGAUUAUCAGCUGCUGUUGAGGAAGAAAAGAAUUAAAAAUGUCAUCAGAAGAGGUGGCACGACAACAGAAGAGUCAUCAGACUUCACAGAUGAAAUUGAUGACGACGACAGUGAGGAACUUUACUGCCGUAUCUGUGAUCAGUUGUUUACUUCUCUUCACAACAAGCGAGAACAUCUGUAUGGCAAACAACAUCUGCAGGCCAUUACAGGAGAAUAUCAGCGUGAAAGACUAGCAGAAGAGGAACGUCAGAUGGCAGCUGCUGUAGUGUCUGGCAGGGGAGGAGACUGUCUCAACUGUGGGUCUUUUGUUAGUUCCCAGAUGCAGUGUUCUCGGGCAGGGUUGAGUCUUUUGCCACCGGGAGUCUGCCCUACGUGUUGUUCAGGGGGACCAGUUUUACCUCAUGCUAAGCAGUCUCCACGACCACAUGAUGAAGAAGAUGACCAUGAUGGAGAUGAAGAAGAUGAGGAAGAGGAGGAGGAGGAAGAGGAAGAUGAUCAGGAUGCUGAUGAGGAAGGGGAGGUAACAGAAGAGGAAGGAGUAACUAGUGGCAUGAGCAGCAUGGCAGAUGCCCUAGAAGGCGUCAUGGCAAAAAUGCUAGAACGAGAGCAAGAAAUCAAGGCCUUAAAGCAGAGUAGUGAAGAUGCCCGUGGCCACAACUUGCAACUUGCCACAACCCUCUUACAGUUACGUGAGCAAGAACAACAACUAGACAGGGACCAUGAGUCACUUCAGAAAGAAAAUGAUCAGUUAAAAUCAGAGGCAGAUUCUCUUUGGAUGUUGCCAGCUCUAUUUGGAGUGACACCCCUAGAGAUGGUCAACAUCACGCUACGCCAUGACCAACAACAAGAGGCUACGGUGGCAUUGCUCGAUGAUACGUAAAAAAGUUCCUUUAGUCUAUAGUGUGGUGUUGUAUGUUGGAUAUUAUUAUUAUUUCAUAACAUUUAUGUGUUAAGUUUAUAACAAAUUCAGAGAGUGGUGGUUUAACAUGUUAAACUCCGUGUGAUAAGCCAUACUUCAUGUUCUGCUGAGGAAAGAGGAGUUUCGUGUUUGAAUUUUUGACAUUUGAAUGUGUUUUGAUGAAAAUAUGCAAUUUAUUAUCUGUUGACUACAUAUUUUAAAUUGUUGAAGAUUAAUGUUCUUGUGAUAAUGACUGCAAACAAUUUCAUAAUAUCUCAUCAUUAAGAGAUUGUUGACAAACAACCAUAAAUAUAUAAAGUUGUUUUACUAUACAGAUGCAGUACAGUGGACCUUACUUGGGAGUUAGGUGUUUAUAAUAUGCAUAGAUUAUCUAAAAGAAGAUAGGUCAAUAGCAAUCCCCAACAGACAUUGUAAUUUGUGAUAGAACACAGCAUUUGAAGGUUGAUAUUAUAUUGCUUGUUCAUAUAGCAUUCUCUAACCAGGUUAAGACAAAUGUUGUGCGUGAGUUUGUGUGUUAGAGGAAAGUCAUUGUGUAUUUCAAGGUUGUUACAAAGGAGAGAUUAGUCAUUGUUAAUCAUAGUCCCAUCUCUUGAGGUAUUGUGGGCCUUGCCUUACUAUGUAUAUACCCUUGUACUGUACACAGUAAAAUUUCAACACGGAAUUUUAAGAUUGAGAACAAAAAUACUCUUCCAUAUUUUUUAUCAUAUUUCAUAUUAUGCUUUCACUUAGGAAGUAGCUAAACGUUGUAAGAUAUUGAGUGAUGCAUAAGAAAAUAUUCAACAAAUUUAUUUUUAUCUAUAGUUUAACUUGUAAUAAGAAGGGCAGUAGUAUGCAACAUCUUGUGGUAGUGAUACAUAACAAAAUGAUGGCACCACACCAUGUUUCCCCCAGAGCACCACACCAUGUUUCCUUCAGGUAACCACACACCAUGUUUCCCACAGGACACCACACACCAUGUUUCCCCAGGUUACCACACACCAUGUUUUCUCCAGGUCACUAGAUCACAUUAUUGUAUCCCGGUUCUUGCCACAAUAUAACUUACGUAUGGAAAAAUGCAAGGUUGCAUUCUGAGACCUGUAAACCCAUGACACUAGUAAUUAAACAUAUGCUCAUGAGAUCACUGGCCAUGGUCGA